CGCUGGGUCUUGUGGGUGGAAACGCACUGGCUGACUGGGAUCGGCGUUUAGUUCAGCGCUGGGACUCGGGUGCCUGGAGCUGACGCCUAGUACGUAUGAGGAAGAGCUGGGUGGGUGGCUGCCUGAGUCUGGAGGCGACGCCUCGGUUAUGCAGUCUGAAGCUGCCCUUCUCAGCUGAGGGUGCUGAUAGCAAGGGGUGGGAGGCGGGCCGCAAGUCCCCAGCUGUGGAUACUUGUGUUAGCUUUAAUAGAAGAGAAAUGGAGGAGCCAUAGAAUAUUAAGGAUGAAUUCAGGAAGGCCUGAGACCAUGGAAAACUUGCCUGCUCUCUACACUAUUUUCCAAGGAGAGGUUGCUAUGGUGACAGACUAUGGGGCCUUUAUCAAAAUCCCAGGCUGUCGGAAGCAAGGUCUGGUCCAUCGAACUCAUAUGUCAUCCUGUCGGGUGGAUAAGCCCUCUGAGAUAGUAGAUGUUGGAGAUAAAGUGUGGGUGAAGCUUAUUGGCCGAGAGAUGAAAAAUGAUAGGAUAAAAGUAUCCCUCUCCAUGAAAGUUGUCAACCAAGGGACUGGGAAAGACCUUGAUCCCAACAAUGUUAUCAUUGAGCAAGAAGAGAGGCGGAGGCGAUCCUUCCAGGAUUACACUGGGCAGAAGAUCACCCUUGAGGCUGUCUUGAACACUACCUGCAAGAAGUGUGGCUGUAAAGGCCACUUUGCAAAAGAUUGUUUCAUGCAACCAGGUGGGACCAAAUACUCUCUGAUACCUGAUGAGGAAGAGGAAAAGGAAGAGGCAAAGUCAGCAGAGUUUGAGAAGCCUGACCCCACAAGGAAUCCUUCUAGAAAAAGGAAGAAGGAAAAGAAGAAAAAGAAACAUAGAGAUAAGAAGUCAUCUGACUCUGACAGCUCAGACUCUGAGAGUGAUACAGGCAAGAGGGCAAGGCACACAUCAAAAGACAGCAAGGCAGCAAAGAAGAAGAAAAAGAAGAAGAAGCACAAGAAGAAGCACAAGGAGUGAGAGCAGAAAGAGUGUAGGGGGUGGUUGAGAGUAAGGAACCAGGAGCCUUAUUCCUUGAGACUCCUGGAAAGACUCAAUAGUGAGAAUGUAGCCUCCCACCCCAUUAACUUUGCUUCCAUGGGAGAUGGCUUCCCCUCAUGCAACAGGCAGGUUUGGGAGUUAGAGGUCAAAAGCAGCUGCCUGAAUGAGUUGUUGUUUCCUUGUCACUCCUGGUCCUUUUGCAAGUGAACCCUGCAGCUCACCCAUUCAUUUGCCCAACUUCUUCAUUCAGCAGGAGGUCCUAUUACCCUCUCCAGCUGCCACUGCCAGAGCUGGAUUCCUGUAAAGGAGUCCAGGCUAGAGCCACAGAGACUGUUGUGGAGGUGAGUUCGACUGUAGUUAGAGAAGAGUGAUUGGACACUUACUAUUGGUCUGUCCUGGGCCGAUUGGUGGGUGAUGUCUCCUGCAUCCAACAUGGGAGCAGAGAGAGACUGGCAGCAGGAGGGGGAACAUGGUGAGAAGUGGUGCUCACUUCUCCCAUUCCUCCUAACAUAGUUCUAUGCUAGAAGUGGCAUCCAGCGGCCACAGCUAGAAAACAGUCUGCAGUGUGACUUAACUUGCGUAUUGCAUUCCAGCAGAUGACUGAACCAGACAGCGAAGCCAAGAUCAUUGUUCUACUUUGUAUUUACUACUGUGUGAAUCAGUUGAUUCUACUUCAGGUCCUUGCUUAAAUUCCUGUCACUAAAUGGAAAUGUGUUUGGUUUUAAA